CUUGAUCAUAACGAAAUAGCAAAUGACUAAAGGAUCAUUUUACAUAUAAAGACUUGAAAGUCAUUCUCACAAGAGAAAGAAAUGAUCGCAUACAUAUGAAAAAUACACGAAAUUCACACUCUCACAUCUUACGACAAUGUCACGAAGAUCUUCUAUAUCAGGAUCACGUUCGCAAUCGCCAACACCUGCCAAUCCUCAACAAGGAUCGGAUAAUAGAACAACAAGGUCUACGUCACAGGCAGUACCUUCGCUACUCCUACCCUCACUUCACAACAGCGUUGAUCAAGCAGUCUCAUCCGCCGGUCCGCAUGCUUCCCAAUUCAGCAUAGCCUCUUACUAUUAUGAUUCGGCUCAAUGGGGAUCAGAUUCACAAGACUCGCAAGCUGCAAGACAUGCAAGCAGAUAUCCGCCUUCUCUUUCAGUAAGAGAAUCACCCCCAAGGGUAAGAACUGCUCAACCAAACACAGCCAGCACAUCAAAUUACCCCUCACAGCAUGAUGGCGAUGAUAAUCCAGAAAGACCAUUUUCCGACUGGGCAGCAGGACUUGAUUACGAUCAUUCGUUUGAUGAAGGCGAACUUGUAACCUCAAGAGCUACACUGGAAAAUUCAAUGCUUGCCUCUACCCCACAACCAAAGUCAGCCACAGGAAAAAGUCCCUUGCGAUACGACUUGGAUGACGAUGAUAUGAUCUCAGCUGGUCCAUCUCGACACUUCUUCGGAGGAAGACAUGGUCGCGAGUUCAGUUCGGCCACAGAAGGUGAUGUUGGUGUUCAUCCUUACAUUCAAGUUGACAACAUUGACAAUCAAGGAAGUUUCACUGAUCUGCCAUUAGAUCAUGAGCAUCUAGGGCCAAAGCCUCAAGACUCGGUGAGCUUCUUGGGAGCCACCUCUUCACGCAAUAGUUCUUUCAUUCAAAUGGGAACAGAAGUACCGCAUCAGUCAGCAUCUGAAGUCGCUGCUCUGACAGCGUUCAAAGCACCUUCUGGUAAGGUUAGGCACCCUGGAGGAUAUUCUGACGAACGUGCGGGUGACCGAACGGAUAUGGAGCCGAGACGAUUGGAUAAUUUCUUUGGUGAUGAGGAAGAAGGCGUACGACGGGUCGAAUCUCCUUCUUCUCUCGAAGAAAUGGCAGAUACAGAAAUGAAUACGACUCGAGAUACUCAUCGAUCCAGUGCUGAUUUGUAUGCUCGGAUGGGAAUCUCUUCUAGGAGCGCAGAUGGAAAUGGCGUUGAACGUGCAAAACAAGGAUUGACGCGAGUCGGUAAGUCGAUUCGACGCUUAAGUCGUAGAGUUAUCAAUCUCGAUGGCGAAGAAAGACCAAACACGGAAGGAGUGAUUCGCUUACCAGAUCAUCAAGAAGUCGAUGAGAGUAGCAGUGAUGACGAAGAUGGUAUUUAUGCUGUUGAUCAAGUGCAUACUGUGCCCUCAAAAGCCUCCUGGGAGCUACGUGGUAAAAGUUUGGGUAUCUUUGGACCCGAAAAUCCUUUCCGCCGUUCUUUGGCUACUUUAAUGUCACAAUGGUGGAUCGAACCUAUCAUCUUAAUGAUGAUCAUUCUUAACGUGGUCCUUCUCGUCCUUCAAUCUGCUCGUGAUGUUUUCUUACAGCCCCGUAAGCCAGGCUAUUUUGACUACUGGCCUGAUUAUGGAUUACUUGCUGUGUUUGUGUUUUACACUAUCGAGCUUGUUGCACGCAUCGUUGUCUCGGGAUUGAUAAUCAAUCCACCGGUGGCAUAUGAAGCUCCUCAAGAGCAAAGGAAAGCGGAUGAUGGCGUCAUUUCACCUCCCAUCGAAACACCAUUCUCGCAACAUGUACGAGCAAAGGCAAUGCGAUCCAACACUUUGGACACGUUUGCAGCAAUGGCAGGUACUAUUAAAGUUCGAGCAACAGAAGCUGUUCGACCGCAUAACCAUCUCGGACAAUUGAAUGAACAUGGCAAGGCUCCUUUGAGUCCAAAUCGAGCUCAUGCACCACGUACAGUCACAUCAGAUGUGUUGGACACCGAGCACACUUUUCCGCCUCAUCAGCAUGACCGAAGCCAGAACAGUAGCGCGACAAAAAGUCAAUUCGAUCGAAGACAGCCAAGUUCAGCCACAUCAUCAAGUGGACAAUUGCGGGAAAAGACAUCGACCUUUUUACAAAAGAGCAAAUUAGCUCCGUUUGCCGAAGCAAUAAGCAAACAACGUGCACAAGCCGCCGAUUAUGCUUUCCUUCGUCAUAGUUGGAAUCGAGUCGAUUUGGUCGCUGUGGUGUCUUUCUGGGUGAUGUUCUUCUUGGCGGUAGCCAGAGAAGAGAUGACUGAUAGUCAUCACAUUUUCAUCUUUCGUGCUUUGAGCGUUCUUCGUUGCGCCCGUCUUUUGACGGUUACACGGGGUACUUCGGUCAUCUUACGAAGUUUAAAGACUGCCGGACCGCUUUUGGUCAAUGUGUCUUUCUUUACGUUGUUUUCGAUGUUGUUAUUCAGCAUCAUUGGUGUUCAAUCAUUUGAAGGAAAUUAUCGAAGAAGUUGUCUCUGGGUCGGCGAUUUGCAAACAGACCCAAAUGCACCGAGAGGACAAAAUUAUUCAACACAACAAAUUUGCGGCGGUCAUCGUGAUGCUGUAACUGGAGCAAAGACGAAAGCAGUUGAUUUGAACGGUCGUCCUUUAUCGAUCAGUAUCAAAGGCUUCAUUUGUCCCGCCGGACAAUUAUGCGUAGAAAAUGCUGAAAAUCCAGAAAAUGAUACAGAGAGCUUUGACAACAUUUUCCUUGCCUUGUUACAAGUGAUCAUUGUUAUCUCCUCAAACGGUUGGUCAACGAUUAUGUACAACAUGAUGGAUGCCGAUUAUUACGCAUCAUGUUUGUAUUUCAUCAUUGGAAUUAUCGUUAUGAACUUUUGGAUGGCAAACUUAUUCGUCGCAGUGAUCACAAAUACCUUUGCUACAAUAUCUGCUGAAACGAAGCAAUCUGCUUUUGCUGCUGAAGGGAUUGAACCAGCAAAACCAUCUGCAAUUGUAGAGGAAACCGCAGCUGCUCAACGUCGUAAAAGGGUGGCGAACGUCUUUAAACGCUUUUGGGGUUAUACGAAAUGGUUCUGGCUGGCUUUGAUUGUGGCCGACUUGGGUGUUCAAGCAAGUCAAGCAAGUUACCAUGAAACGUCAUCAAAUCAUCGACUUAGCUUGACGGAGCUCUAUUUGACAAUCGCAUUUGACUUUGAAAUCUUGGUCAGAUUUUUGUCCUAUUUACUCGAUAACGAUUGGCGAUCGUUCUUUUCCAUCAAGAGAAACCGAUUCGAUUUAUUCCUCGCUGUGAUCACUACUAUAAUUCAAAUACCUGGUAUCAAGAAUUCAGACGUGUUUCCUUGGUUAACAGUAUUUCAAUUGGCCCGUUUCUAUCGUGUCAUCAUCGCCGUGCCUCGAAUGGAAGCUCUCUUAUUCCGCGUUUUCGGUUCGCUUUCCGGUUUGUUUAACAUGAUCGUUUUCCUUUUGCUCAUGGUCGGUCUGGCUUCCCUCGUGGCCGUUCAGCUGUUCAGGGGUGACAUUCCCGAAGUUUCUGAAGGUCAAACAAAUGAGAUCAAUUUUAAGCAAAUGUGGAACUCAUUCUUGGGUAUGUAUCAAAUUUUCUCAUCUGAAAAUUGGACAACGCCUCUCUACAGCGCAUUGACAAGUGAAGGUGAAUACAAACAAGCCGUCAUUUCAGGAAUCUUUAUGUGUGGAUGGUUCUUGUUUGCCAACUUUAUCGUCUUGCAAAUGUUUAUCGGUGUGAUUGCGGAAAAUUUUGGCAUUGCUGAAAGUCAAAAACGAGCGCAGCAAUUGGAAGUCUACCUUCGCAAUCUCGAAAAGCCCAAAACAGCUCUGAUCGUUCGAAUUUUGCAGCGUCUUAGCCCUUAUAGAUGGCUUCGAGAACACAAUGCUGCGAAGAUGGGAGAAAAGUUGCCAGAUGACCAUCCGGAAACACGAUUACAAGCCGAAAGAGAAUUGGACAAGAUCGAUGAAAAGAUAUUGAAUCGAAGAAGCAUUCGGAAUAUCGUCAGUCCCAGUAAAGCGCAAGGAGUUCUCAAAGUAGUAAGAAAGAUUGCACGCUUGGAUAGACCUGAAGAACAAAUGCCGCUUGACACAAUACGUGCACGACAAAUUCGUCAAUCCUUUUCAGGCACUUCAAUGUUGAAUGAUCGAAGACGGCAGAUGAGCAUGUACGAUACUGCUGCUGCUGCUGGAGUUGCAGCCACGCAUGCAGCUGUUGCCGCUUCUCAAGAACCUUCCACUUUCCUUUCGCCAUCUGAAACUAUGCAAAGCGGGCCUCAAGAUACAGCACGCUUGUUUGCUCGAGAUCGACAAUUACGCAGGAUGAGAAGCGAUCUCGGUUUAUUAUCUGAAGAGCCGCCAAGUCAAGCAGAGGUGAACGCAUUACACGAAAACAGAUGGAAGGAUGAUCCACGUAUUGCACAAGCACGAUUGAUCAACACACAUCCUUCUUACGAAAAAUCUCUUUGGCUCUUUUCCAAUAUGAACCGAUUCAGACGUAUCUGUCAAAGUAUCGUACCAUGCUCUCAUGGUGAACGGCUUUUCGGAAGACGAACAUCACCUUUCCGUUUACGCAUUUAUCAACUCGCAAUUUUUGCAACCAUUGCAGCUAGCGUCAUUAUUGCUGGAAUUGCGACGCCUGCUUAUCGUCGUCAGUGGUAUCAAGAUCAUGGUAUUCGUCGCGAUAGUUGGUUCUCACUCACAGAGGUUACCUUGAGUUUGAUCUUUAUUGCAGAAUUCUUCAUCAAAGUGAUCGCAGAUGGAUUCGCGUUCACGCCAAACGCUUACCUCUUAUCGCCAUGGAAUGCUUUGGAUUUGUUCGUCUUAUUGACUUUGCUUAUCAAUGUUACAACCGAGUUGGCCGUGAUUGGAGGUGUUAGUCGUUUUACCCGUGCACUUAAAGCAUUCAGAGCUUUACGAUUGAUCAACUUGUCCGAUCUCAUGAGACGCACCUUCUCUGCUCUGGUAGCCGUUGGAGGUCGUUUUGUAGAUGCAUCUGUGUUGGCAAUUCUUUACAUCGUUCCGUUUGCAAUUUGGGGUCAAAAUUUGUUCUCUGGUUUGCUCUACUCUUGCACGGAUGGCAGCGCAGGUAUCAUAAAUAAAGCAAAUUGCAUAGGUGAAUAUGGUGCAAGUCCCGCUGAAUGGACAUUCCUUGCUCCACGUGCAUGGCAAAAUCCAACGGUAGGAUCGGUGUAUAGCUUUGAUGAUUUCCGAAGCAGUUUGUUGAUUCUUUUCGAAAUUGUGAGUUUGGAAGGAUGGACGAACGUAAUGGCAACUGCAAUGAGUGUUGCAGGGUUCAAUCAGCAACUUCAAACCGAUCAAAGACAAAUCAAUGCCCUUUUCUUCGUCAUUUACAAUCUCAUCGGUGCCGUCUUUGUUUUGACACUUUUCGUUGCUGUCAUUAUUGAAAGCUUCCAAACGUUCUCUGGUGCAGCUUAUUUGACUACUGCGCAAAGGCAAUGGAUCGAUCUCAAGAGGCUGAUUGCCAGACAAAGACCAUCAAAACGACCAAAAGUUCGACCUACUGACAGAGUACGUUCGUGGUGCUAUGAUCGCGCUGUACACAAACAUGGCUGGUGGUCACGAAUGAUGACGGUAUUUUAUUUGGUCAGCUUGAUCACAUUGGCAACAGAAAUGUAUAGAGAUUCGAGGGGAAGGGAACAAGUACGCGAUUUGAUUUAUAUUUCACUGGCCUCUGUCUUCGCCAUCGACAUUACUAUUCGAUUGUCAGGGUUGGGUUGGAGAUCAUACAGACAGGAUAUGUGGAAUCUGUUUGAUUUGAUCGUCGUCCUGGGUCUCUUUACAACCUCGAUUCCUCUUUUGUCUCCCAAUUCCAACAAUGCGGCGAACACUCAAUUGCAGAAGUUCUUCUUGGUCGCUGUGGCAUUCAAAUUGGUUCAAAAGAAUAAUGCACUCAAUCAGUUAUUCAAAACGGCCAUCUCAAGUCUGCCAAGCAUUGUCAGCUUGUUCUUACUUUGGAUUACCUUUUUCUUGGUUUGGGGUAUCAUGCUCGUCGAGGUCUUUGGAUUGACAAAAUGGAAUAUCAAUGAGACAUACAACAAAAACUUUUCAACCUUGCUCGGAAGUUUGGUAUUCUUGGCCAUGAUGUCAACAGGAGAGGGUUGGAAUUCGUAUAUGCAUGAUUACACACUUACAGAACCGUAUUGCACUUCUUCUGAGAAUUAUCUCAACACAGAUUGUGGUAGUGAAGGUUGGGCAUACGCUUUAUUCAUCGGCUGGAACGUGAUUUCCAUGUACAUUUUCUUAAACAUGUUUACAGCCACGGUGGUGGAAAAUUUCUCAUACGUGUUUCAACUUGGAGGAAAACCAACGCUAUCAAGAGAGCAAGUACGAAAUUUCAAGAAAGCAUGGGCAGAAUUCGAUACGACUCGCUCUGGAGUGUUGCGAAAAGACCAAUUUGUUCCUUUCUUUAAUCGAUUAGACGGCUCUUUGGAAGUACGUAUCUAUCCUGCCAAAGCGACGAUCAAAGCGCUCAAAGACAAAGCAAUUACAAGCAGAGAAGGGCGACCAAGAUCAUUUGAUGCAUCUUCUCGUGGUUCACGCAGUCCUACAAGACAUAAUGCUGCAGCUAAAUUAUUGAGUCCCUUGAUGGGCGGUUCACACAAAGCCAACAAUGAAGAGCAGAAAGGAGCCUUUUUGUGGCCACCUUCUCCGAACGAGCUGGUCGUUGAUGGCGUCAAUGUUACUGUACUGAACCGUCAAUUAGGAAAACUCGAUCAUGAAGAGAUCAAAAGACGAAAGAUGCGUUUUGAGCGUCUGUAUCAUGAAGCAUGCUUAUUGCACGAGCAAAAAGACAAGCGUAACAAAGGAGGUCUUUCAUUCACGGAUAUGCUCUUGCUUUUGGCGCAUUACAAGUUGAUCGAUGAUGAACAGGCUUUGGGCCUGGACGAGCUCGUGGAUAGAAGGGACCUAAUGCAACUUGUUGAGGAUAGAAUUGAAACGGAAAGAAUUCGUGGUAUUCUUCGUCAAAUUUGGCUGCGCAGACGCUUUUUGGCCAUUCGAGAAGCUAAACAUAGACUGAGCGGCGAUCGCUCCUAUGCAAGCUUACAAAACAUUCCAGGCUCUCCAACUACGCAAGAUAUUCCAUCUAUCAACAUUCAAGAUUCUUAUCUGGAUUCAGACGACGAUCAAUAUGCUAAUGGUAAACAAAAAGCACAUCAAAAGCCAGCACUACGCCUAGACAUUGGCAAUCUGAACGAUCCCACUUCAUCAGGUAGACAGAUUGUCAGUCGAUUUGAUGAUGAUACUCCUUCUCCUGGCAAGACAAAAACAUUGCGUCAAGCAGGUUUAGCAGGCGAACAUCCAAGUAUCCUAUUGACAACAUCUGGAGACGAGGAUAUGUACGACGAUGAUUCAAUUAAACAGAUGAGUAGUGAUGGCCUUUCGCCCCAAUCGGCCACGCCAAGAUCUUACAUGAACGAAUUGGCUGUUGGUGAAACAUCUAUGACGCAAUUGUCACCUUCGCCUAGCUUGCAAGAAUUGGAGAGACAAGCGUCUCCCAUCAUUCAAGAGAUCGAUACAUCUGCUUGGGGAUCUGUGGCAAGAAGACUUUCGUCAGAUCAUUCCAGCGCUGAUCGGGCUAGGGAAAGUCCAAGCAAAAACGCAAGUGCAGCAACAUCCUCUUCUUCGCAUCGUCAAAGUGCUUUGAGCAGAAUGAACCCUUUCAAAUCACGUAAAAGGUCUGAUGCAGAUCAACAAGAGCCGCAAUCAUUAUUAAGACAGCGAUCACGAGAUGAUGACGGUUCUGCAAUCCGCAAAGUUCAAUCAAAUACUUCUUUCGGUUCUCGCGAUACCAACGAAAUGCGUGAAAGUGAUCAUAGCUCCACCGCAUCUAUCUCAAUACGAAGUGCUCAAGGGCCUAGCCAACCACGUAAAUCAGCCGAACGAGAAGGCGAUUGGAUCUGAACAAGUACAAAACCUACAAGCAUAUUUUAUGGACAAUCUUUCUCUUUCUUCUCUUUUUUCUCACUGUAUAUUCACAUCGCAACAACACAGCACACCUUUUCACAUUCAAAUACACAAGCAAUUUCAUAUAUACCGCAUCGGACUAGAAUUGAGAACAUUAUGUUCUCUCAUCUCAAUACAAUGGAUUCUUUUGUUUCAUAUUAAAUAGCAAAGACAGAAAGCGUGACUAGAAUUAAACUUGAACAAUAGAAGUAAAAGUUGAACGAAUUUUGAGUGGCAACAUUCGUGGCCGGAACUGCAGGCAUAAGAAUUCCCACCGAACUGCCAUUUGGAUUAACAACCAUAACCGGAGCAGUAUCGUUUAUCUUUCCAAUCUUUGGCAUCACAACCGGAACGAUGGGUUGAGCAGAAGAAGAAUUGAGAAACAUUGGUGUGUUGAAUUUCGCAAUUACC